AUGCUUGCGGUCCUCCCGCUGCUCGUCUCGACUUCCAUCCGAGGCGGCUGCGUCGUCGUCACUGGAGCGAGCCGCGGUCUCGGCGUCGGCAUCGCGAGGGCGUUUGCGACUGAGGGCGCGGCGACGGUGUGCUUGGUGGCGAGGUCCGAGGCGGGGCUGCAGAGCGUGUGCAGGGGGCUCGCUGCAGAGCAUCCAAAC